ACCCCGGGGCGCGCCGUGUCCCAGCAAGCGAGCGAACGCAGCGGCUUCUUUCUGUGGUAGAGAAGCGAGGUUUUGUUAGUGAUUGCUGAUCUGUGGUGGACACGGCUGGAGAAAUCGUAUUGAGAUGGGGUUCAGGCUGCUUUUAGGAGUUGCCUGGUUAUGCGCGGUGUUGCCGGCUGGCUUGGUCGCUCAGGACUUGUCGGGUAACUUUGUGACCGAGUGCCGGGAUCGGUACUUCUGGAUGUCAACCAAUGGCAAGUUUGCCGGCGGUAACUUUCGCUUUGACGUCAUCGAUAGAAGCGGGGUUUACCCGCUGAAUGACAGCUACGCGGCGGCGUGCGGGUUUACGUAUUCCUUCAACCUUCCCGGAGACUUGAUCUUCAGAGCGUCGUUCUUGGCCUGUCACGUGGAGAGCGUGAAUGACGUCUCCUAUGCGCUUCAGUACCGCUUCGUGAGACUGGACUCUCUGGGCAGAGAGACGGUCCACCCCUUCUCCCUGUCCUGCAGGAUGGAGAGCCCCUGGAACCCCCGUGAGAUCGUCUGUGAGGAUAACUACAUGGAGGUGUCUGUCAGGAAGAAUGUCCCGGUCAUCGCUCAGGAAGGACUGGAGAAGGAGGACUGGGAAGCGGCUCUCUCCAUAGCCCAGGGAGCGGUGAUGUCCAUGUGGCAGGUGGUGUUCCACCAGACCGGGAUGCCCCCCAAAACCAUGACCGCCGAGGACGCCCGUACCGCAGGAUACCUCGUCAACUCCACGUCCAGCCGCAUCAUCUUCAGGUCGCCCUACGGCAUGCCCAUGUCCGAGGUGCUCCUGGUGUCGGGGAUCCCUGUGGAAGCCAUCAGAGCCACUGUGUUCUACAAGCAGAGGUGGAUGCUGCUAUUGGUGGACACUUCAGCUGCCUGCGCCAAGAACCCCUCUGUUUUCGAUGGCACCUACUUGAGCUGGGUCACCCCGAGGCUCAUCACCCCGCUGGUCCUGCAUCCCACCAAGUUCCUGGAUAAACUGAUCAUGAUGGGGGUGGAGGGGAGGGGCCUGGAUGAGGUCGCUGCUACCAGCAGGGGGUACCAGCUGCUAGUCAACAGCACUGCAGUGGAAAUCCGCGUUCCCUUUGGAGCUGUGGGGGGGUAUCGCAAGAGUCAUGUGAUUGAUAACAAGUACAACCAGGUGUAUGAGAUUGACCUUUUCCUGGAGCACCAAUGGGCUGACGACCUGUGGGAGGUGACCCAGCACCGCUCCUUCAAGCCAGCCCGCUCCCCCUACCUCCCUGAGACCCCUUAUGUGGUGAACAACACCGUCCCGAGUGAGAAGGGCUUCACAGUGACCCUUGGUAACUUCAAGCCGGACGUUGAGCUGAAGAACCUGACCCUCAACGGGGUUCCUCUGACCCUUCCCGAGGCCCAGAACAGAGGCGUGAAGAUCAACGAGGUCCAGCACCCCAACGGCACCAAGGACUUCGUCCUGAAGGUCCCCUUCGACAACCCGCUGGUCUCUGUAGAGUACAUUGGGGCUCUCAUCAGGAGGUACACCUUGAACAUCAACUACACCUUGAACAUUGUCCCCCAGAAUGAGUCGUAUUUUCACCCGGCUGCUAUUGUGUGCGAUGUCAAGGAUGUUAAUCUUCCUGAUGUCAAAGGCUUUUGUACGAACCGCAGCGUGGUUUUCGAAGUGACCCCGGGCAACAUGGACUCCAGCUGGGAGCUCUGCAUUGGGAGCCGCCCUCUACCCUACACCAUCGUUGAGCCCAAGAUCACCAUCGAGUUGCCACUCUUUAGCAUUGGCUACAUCUAUGAGGACAUCUCUUUGAGGGGCCUCACCGUUCGAGUGGAGCUGAACAUGAGGAACGUCAAGACCUUGCAGGUCGAGAAGCAGUUUGUGCAACGCUGCCCAAUCCCAACCAGGGAGCUGCUGGUGUGCUUUCCUAACGGAGUGGUGACGGUGGUGGCUGUCACCAUGGAGCCCAUACCAUUAGUGGAUCCCAGCAAGACCACCCUGCUGGACAAGACCUGCAAACCCAAAGAGUUUGACUCGACCAGGGCUCUCUUCACCUUUGGGGUGAACACCUGUGGGACCAGGAGCCAGAUUGUGGGUAACUACUUGAUCUACGAGAACGAGGUGCUGUAUACCAGAGCGCUGUUCCCACCCAAUGCUCCAGUCAUCACCAGGGACUCUGAAUACAGGCUGACGAUCCGCUGUCGUUACCCCCUCAACGACACCCUGACGCUGGCUGCUGAAAGGAAGGCGGUCCCUGCUCCAGCCCCCUACUCUGUGCGGGGGCUUGGGUCCCUGCACGUCCGAUCUUAUGACCCUAUGAGCAGAGCCAAGAGUCCCAGAGAUGUUCUGAAUCUGAAGGCUCGGCUAGCCAGGGAUGUGAGCUACUCCCAGUUCUACUCUGCAUUCCCCGUGUCCCAGUCUCUGCUGGAGCCCGUGUUUCUGCAGGUUGAGCUCCAGCAGCCUCAUGGCCAGACUGACCACCUUAUCCUGCAGGACUGCUGGGCCACACUGGCCCCUGAACUGGACUCCAGCCCUCAAUGGGACCUGGUCACUGACAGCUGCCUGGUCACUGGAGACUCGUACAGGACCCACUUCCACCCAGUGCCGGCCAGCACUCUCACCAGGAGCUCCCCCCAGCUCCAGAGGCUUGAGGUGCAGGCACAGCAGUCUAGCAAGGACUCUGCCUUCUGGAGACAGGUGUAUUUCCAUUGCAUGGCUGUGGUUUGUGAUCCCAACCUGGAGGAUACCUGCAAUAAGACUUGUGUGCCUGGAGCCCAGAGAUCUGCCCGUAGUGUGGAUCGAUACAGCCAGAUCAGAGGCUACGUUUCUGCCGGGCCGGUCCAAUUGGUAGCAGAAGGACAAGUCCUGGACCUUCAAACAGCAGGUGACUCCCCCUUGGUUCUGGCGCUGGGCGUGGCGUCCGCUCUCCUCGGAGUUCUGCUCGUCAUUCUUGUUGCUGUCGGAUUCAGGAGAUGUUAAACUUGCUGUCUACCCCAAUAAAGAUUUUUGCAUCUCGA